UCUCUCCUCAGUCACACGCUAUCCCGGCUCCAGGGUGCAUCGUACACCUCCACAUACAGAAAAUAACAGAAGUGUGUUAGUAGGUUGAGUGGAACACGUGAUGCUCUCUCUUCGCGCGACGAUAUCAUGGUUUGCAUACUUUGGUGGCUGCAUCCGGAGAACGUUUAGAGUAGUUGAAUAAUAUCGCGCAACGGUUUGCGCCGGCAAAAAAAAGCGUUUUUCUUCCGGCAACUCGGCAAAAAUAUCUGAAUUUUUCGUGUAAAGAUAAAAAUCGUUCUUAUCCUUACUUUUUGCGCCUUCAACAUUCGCCGAUCGGGAAUUGAUCCAUUGACUGAUGAAAUACUGUUGACUUCGCUAAGGAUAGGCGCACGACGUAGGCGUAUGACAGUGAAAGGCGGCAGGAUCCUGUUUUACGAGCGACAACUGGAGCAAAUAUGGAUAAACGACGAUCCUUGGAUGGAACCAUCCAGGAACAUCCUUUGCCUAUCCCGGUUCAGAUGUUUCUUUGGCGACACAUAAGGCCAUUUAUUCGAGCUAAACUAGGAAAACUCCAUGAAGCAUCUUGCACGUUCUGUCAACACGCACCAGGCCAUCAUGAAAUGAAAGAAGCAUGCACGUGUCUUGAGAGAGUUUUAGUGCAAAAUCUUCACAAUGACCUGACACCCUCGUUAAGCCAGAUAUUAAGCAACGUGCCACGUUGGCGUUUGAUUCAAGCCGCUCUCCCUUACGUUCUUCAUGCUACGUCUAGUCUUUUGCACAAUAGAAAGGAUUUUCAAAGCCUUGGCACGAUGGAAACGACUCUUCUCUAUAUUCUCCACUGGAUACUUUUGGAUUCGGCUGAGGAAUGCUCCGAGAACGAAGCCGAUCAGUCCAAUCCUUUCUAUUUAUUUCCGAUACCCACUAUGACGCUCUUUGUCUAUCUGUUUGCGCCUCUGUUUAAUCAUUUAAAAGACAUCGACUUCAAGACGAAUUUACGAUUAGAGAACGGCCUAAAAAUAUGGUCCGCUAUGUACGAAUGCCGACAUCCGGAGGCGUCUUGUUUUACAACGCAUUGUCGUGCCAAGCCACGCAUUUAUUGGAGCCAGUCUUUCAAAUCUGCUAAGCAUCACUUAUUAUCUGAUGACGUCUUUGUUGGAGGAAAUAUUGAAAGUCCACCUAGUCAAUCGUUUUCAUCGGAUCAAAGCGGCCAGCCAUCCUCGAAAAUAAUUGAUGAUGAUCAACAGAGCACUUGGUUAUCGUCGCCGAAAGACACAGUUUUCCCAGAAACGAUUCCUGAAGAAAGUUCCGGUGCGGAGGACGAACACGUGGUAAUAUUCAGAUUACCAUCUUUGAGUGAAUCGGAGAGAAUGCUUGAUGGGGUAAAAGAAGUUUCCACCAUAUUCGCAGGUGAGGCCAGCAUCUUUCAUGUCGCGAUGGGCAGGACGACCAGCUCCUCGAAAUCUACAUUGACGAUAGAGCAGGUCACGGCAAUUUCUGGAUUAGACACGUGCAAACAAUAUCAAACCGGAAAAACUGCGAAAACCGGAGGCGCGGAGAAGGAGAAAGAGGAGAAAACUUUUAGGGCGGAAAAAGAAGCGCAGGAAACUUCAAAAACACGUGGAAGUUUCUCGGUUCAACGUCAAGCUGCUGAUGCAACUACAAUGGAACACGCUACCAGUUCUGCAACCGUCGAUCCGGACGUUCGUGCUGCAACCUUCCUAGACGUAGCCACUUUAAGAUGUUUAUUCGUAUCUCAAUGGCAGGAAGAGGGUGUCUUCUGGGCUCUUCAAUUCUUAUAUUAUCGACUACGAAGAAUCAAUGAGGAAAUUUCAGUGCAGCAAAUGCCACGUCGUCGCAGCAACUCCUUGCCUAUACCAAAAAUUGAGGUGUCGAUUUAUCAGAGUCCCGAGAGUAAGAAAAAGGACGUAUUAAAGGAAGUAAUAGAGGUCCCCGAUACACGCGAUACUUCUUCGUUGGAAGUAACGGAUUCAUCGUGUACUACACGCAAAGGUCAGGACAGCGAAUCGAGUCAUACAAGACGUGCCAGCGAGAAGUCGAAAAAGCGCAUGAAGAUGGCCGACCUCAAAGCUUUUGUGGAAACGAAACUACUGUCGAAGUCAGAGAAGGCACUUGAGAAGAUUGGCCAGGAGGAGCCUAAAAUGUUGUUCGACCAGGAAUGUCACAGAAGUCUCGAUACCGGAGAUGAUCAUCUGGCGAAACAAAUUUCGACCACCUCAAAGUUUUUCGAGGCAAAGGACGUCGACUACAUGAAACAUCCUACAAAUCUAAUUAAAGGAAAGAGUAUGCCGAGUUUAAGCUGCUUGAUUAACGAGCUGACCGCGGGAGGGUACAUCGGUGAUACUCGUAUCGAGAGAAAACAGAGUCGUUUCUAUAGUCAAUCUUACACCGCGCCGAAUCCUAUCAUUACUGUCACGGAGCACACGCCAACCCCAUCUCCAGAUUACAUGAAGCGGCAGGGAUCUAUUGAUAGUCAAUUGGAUCUCAUCAGUGUUCAAGGAGGACGUUUGUGUUCCGAGAGGAAACCCAGUCUCACGAGAUCUCAGACAGAUUCUAAUAUCACUUAUAUGAGCGACGAGGUGCCAGAAGCACCAGGCUCCGCAUGUUACAUUACCAAAGAAGGCGACAUUGAUCUUCAAGUCGUUUUGAAGGCGAUACAUUCCGUUGCGUUGCGAGAUAAUACUUCUUGUACGCCGCGAGUCUGCGAGAUUAUGUUGAACUUAAUGGAACUUUUAAUGGACAUGGGAGUGAUGAAGCAUUGUCUUCGGGAAGAGGCCACUGGCAGUAAUGCAGGAUCUGGUACAGGAAUCGACAACAAAUCGGAAACCGGAAAGAAACACGAUUCGCCAGUGGGAUUGAAUCAACAGGAUUACAAGCACAGUGGAAAAGGCAAGCCGACUGCACAUAAUCUCCUCAUGAAUUGCGUGAUCAGAGUAUUGAAGCACUUAGGCUGUCUGCACGGUUGCCUGGACGGUGUGCGCGGACCACAGGCCGAUAUUUGUCGCUCUCAGGGCCAGACCAUUUUGACUAAAUUGCAUCGCGCGAGCUCCCGUCAAUUUUCGCGAUUUUUAAGAACGAUGGUACGCGAACAACCGCUGACGGACAUCUUGGACUUUUUUCAUGCGUAUGUUGGAUACUGCGUUGAUCCGAGUUCGCUGUUAUCACCACUCAAUCAAAAACGAAUGUCGAGCAAGUCGCCCGACGUAGCCUGUCAAAGUGGAUACGCGACUAAUUUCGGCGCCGGAAUGAUCGGUUCCGGUGCUGGUGGAACUGGAGUUAGUACCUCAGGUACUUCGGGCGGAAACAUCGGCGCGACGUCCAGCGGCGUCGCGACGUCUUAUAAUGUCGGGGGUUACGGGACUCGCGGUAUCGAAGGGCAGAUCAUGGCCUACGUCUUCAAGGUUUUGGUCACACGCCUAGUCGACUCCGCGAAACAGCUAAAAGCGCAGGAGAACAUUAGCCUCUAUUGCGACGUGCGACAAUUGAUGACAUAUGCCAAGGAGGCGCAUGGCGGUAUUUUUCGACGCGUUGCUCUUAGUGGGAUUCUGGAUUCCGCGGAUCGGCCCAAUAAACGGUGUAACAGUAAUGUGCAGACGACACGUGUCAUAAGGCAUAUUCAUCAAUCGGAUUUAGAGGAACACGCGGAUAUCGGAGGAGACACCUGUUACACCGUUGAUGACAGAGGCACGCGAAAGUUUCUCUUUAAGAAGAGGAGCACAUCGUCUACUUGCGCUGCGGGAUCGAAUUUGCAGAGCCUCCUUGAGACAGAAUUGAGCGAGGAAAGUGUGAAAACCAGUCAAAGCCCGUUAGGUAAUUUGCGUAAGAAGCACGUGCUGACGCCUCGACAGAGCGAACGUAAUUUAGGUAUCGAACCUUAUCUUGGGCCUGGAAAAAUGCGGAAGUCGACGCGAUUUCAGUCGAUCGGUGGUAUCGUCAAUUGGUUCCGGAAGGAUUACAGUCGAACUGAGUCUACCGAUAGCCAUGAAAGUAGCGAGUCACCCACAGACGGCACCUUUGUUAGGCAACCCAGUUUCCAUUACGGUCCUUAUCGUACGUCACGCACCGGUCGCGGAGUCGGCUUAACUUUUCUCAAGGCGAAACGUCGGAUGGAAGAUCAACUGAAUAAAAUCGGUUUCGGAAAGAGCAAGAAAAAAGAAAGCAUGGAAGAGGUGCCUGGCAGCUAUUUUAGUCGGAGAAACUCAUUGGAGCUCGGCGAGGCUUGCAGAGAAUCCGAGUUCGUUGUCUUAAAGGAAAGAAGAUUGGUGCCUUGUACUGCGGUAUUCGAUGGAAUGUUACGAUUUUCCUUUCUACUAGAGACGUGCCAGCCAGGCUCCGUUCCCGACCCUCAUUUAAUGGCAUCGCUCUUAGAUCUUCCGUAUGCUCCAAUAGUAUCUCGCGCUUGCUUGAUACUGGAAUGUGCACACUUGGUGCACCAAUGCAACAAAGGUCAUUGGCCUGCGUGGAUGAAACACAACUUUCCUAUGUUCCGACCAUCUGUGCCGAUAAAUAAUCGAAAUGCCUCUACUGCGCUUAGGCGCGUUCAUGUAUUGCAACGCACUGCAGGAAAAUUAUUUUAUCAAUGGGCAGAGGCUAUAGGAGCACGCUUGGAGGAAUUUUUAGCGGAAGAUAAACAAAAUAUGGAACAGGUAACCAAUAUAGUAUCCGACGAAAGCAAACAGAGAGAUUUAAUUCUAGAAGACGAAGAGGAAGAUUUUCUUGAUGACAGUAGUAUAAAUAGUUAUGGAUCCCAGUGUCCCUUCGCGUUACGUCACGUUGCUUGUAUUUUGCUCUUGGAAGUGACAGCAUUUUUAAGAGAGACUUACCAAACGCUGCCAAAGUCGAGUAAAUUACUGACAAAGGAACGGCCUCCACCAUGGGAAAGAAUGUAUAGCCGAGAAGCAAAUCGACGUUGGAGCGUGGCUCUAUCAUCCAUGGGUCAUUCACAAGCAUCGGCACAAAGUCUUCAAUCCAUAGCCGGUGAAGUUAUUAGUCGUGAAGCUGUCGCGGAGCGUAAAAUUAGUUUUGUUUUGUACGAACCUGAUAAUGAGUCCGAGGGUAGCAGCAAAUCGACGGUUACGAUUCAAGGAGAAGAGACUCAGAAUAUUGAAAAGGAAAAAGGAAAAAGGAUGCCAGCUCCUCAAAGUAGACCAUUUCUUCUUCGUCGUAGUACUGCUGGAACUGGUUCAUUUAAAAAAAGGAGUCUUAAACUUCGUCGUAAUACUAAAGAGGGCAAGGAUACAGAGUGCGAGGCAUAUACAGUAAAACGUGCAGAUUCGAUUCAAUCUAAGAGAAAAGUGAGUUCGCUUUCUGAUAGAAGCGAUACAUCAGAGCCGGGUGCUGCCGGUGAAGUUAGUGGCGAGGAAUCACCAGGUAUUCUCAGCGACGAUCAGCCACCAGAGAGUCCGAGUGACAGCAACGAAACUGACGAAACCAACAAGAAUUUUCCGUGGAUGAAAGUGCUCGUACAGGUCGCCAAUUCCUUCAAUUUUUACUGCUCUCAUCAAAAUUUUUGCCAUCCUUUUUGCCAUCGGCGACAGAUGCGUGCUACCAGCAGAUUGGUAAAGUCUGUGAGAAAGAUCUAUGGCGAGGAAUUUGGUAUUUUAAACGGAACGGGUAUAUUGGACACUGAUAAGAAGGAAAAUGGCAAGAAAGAUAAACGUAGCCGCAAGGUAUCCGAUCAAACUAGUACGCAGGUAUCGCCUGUCCGAAGAAAAGACAGCGUGGGACGCAAAUACAAGAUAGAGAAAAAUCUAGACGGUUCUCAAUCUGGUCGAUCAACUCAACGGGAUUCUUCGAAAGAUCUCGCAGAGCCAGAUUCUGAGAGAGGCAAGGAAUCUUCGAAAAAAAUCACAACGGAUGAUGAUGUUGAGGAGGAUAGAGAACCACCGCCAAUUUUAAAAUAUCUAAGGAAUCAAGUGAAGGAUGCUUUUCACGCACCUCUGGCAACUUUAAUAAAAGGAGCUGUCGUUAUGACGGAAGACUUGUUUGUGGAAGUGUUGCCUGUCGCGUGGGAACUCUUAUUAGAAUCAAAUCAAGAAGUCGCCGCGUCGGCCGCGGCGCUUUUCAUAAUUUCGGCCGUGCGAGCACCGAACCAGGCCAGCGAACUGAUGCACAAGGGUCUUCAGCAUAGUAACACCAGUGUACGCAUCAAUGCUAUUUUGCGAUUUCAAGUUCUGUGGAAAUUACGAUACCAGGUGUGGCCGCGAAUGGAAGAGGCGGCUCAUCUAACUUUCAAAGUGCCUCCUCCAGGAAUAGAAUUCACUCUGCCGUCACCGAAGAUUGGAAUAGAAUCUUUACCAGUGGUCGAUCCACCUUGGAUGCCACAAGUGAAGACUAAAGUGGAAGAGGUCACUAUCAAUCAAGAACGUCAUAGAUCUUUAGUGACUGCGACGAAGACGAGAAAGAAGCAGCAAACCGAAUUGAUUAAGAAAGCUCUUCAGGCGCAAGAUGAUAAAAAGCGGGAAGAAAGAGAGAACUUUUUGAUAACAACAAUACCGAUUACUGUCCAGGCUGCUUAUGAACCCAGUCCAAUAGGAGAUGAUCAUGACGAAGGUAAUGUGGGAGAUGAGGAUGCAGGUGAGACAGUUCAGAGAAAUACGUCACAUCACAGUCAGUCGGCUCUCUCAUUGUUUCCCUCGUCGCUAUGUUCAGCGAUUGUUCAAAUUAUUAAUCUUCUGGAUGAUCCAGCAGUCUCCGAAGAUGGAAACGCCGUAUAUGAAGUGGCAUAUCAAGUGAUUUGGAGUUGCUUGGUAGAAGACAGUGCUUUGUUUCUUCGAUACGUGCUGGAACGUCUGACGAGAGAAAAGCAAGAGUUGAUGUUCAAGAUUUUAAGACAUCUUAUUAGAUUUGUACCAAAAUUGCCACAACAAGCUGCGUUCGCCCUGUACAAUUAUAUCAUUGGAUACGUUAUGUUUUAUGUGCGUACUCCGCAUGAAGAAGGUCAAAAGUUAAUUGGAACUGCGCUGUCUAUUCUAUGGAUGGUUGUACACAGUGUACACGGCAUUAUGUUUAAAGAUCUAAAGCAGAUUCUGCGAAAGGAACAGUGCGACGCGUCAAUUCUGCUUACGGCAAACGUUCCGUCGGCGAAAAAAAUUAUUGUUCACGGUCCCCAGGAUCCCGAUGCCGGAGAAAUACCCUCCCAAUUUCCGGUCCAAGAGGACACGCAAUUUUGUCAGAUACUUCGAGAGUCCUUAGACUUUUUCGGUAUCGAAGAAUCGAAACAUCACGAAUACUUCCUUGUGGAUUACAAGACGCAUCAAAUACAUAAUCCGUCGUCAUACGUGAGAGAUUAUUAUUUCUUCAAGAGAUCUCAAUUUCCGCAAAUUGAACUCAUUCAUAUGAAGCCGGAAGACGCGUUUAACGCGUUGCAACGGCAGGAAUUAAGGCACAAGUUUGUAGAGAUAGGAAAAGUGCUGUUGACCUGGGCAAUCUUGAAGAAUGUCGAUAUGGUGGUGCAGAGAGUCGUAUUUCUUCACGAAGAACUCAUGAAGCUACCGUCAUUUCCGCGUAAAGCGUUAGAAGCGGAUUUGGAUCUGUACAAAGGUGGUGAAAUUGGAAGAGAACUUCUCGGGCUGGACGUGAUGCAUAAGUUUAUGUGGGUCAGAUUAAUCGCGCGCAUGUUUGAAGCCAUGGCUGGCAACUUUGCGUAUUCCGGCGAUAUCCAUCUUUUUCUAAACGUUUUGAAUGGUGCACUGAUUCUUCACAGCGAGGAUUCAUGCAUUCUGCGUUACGUUGUGGCAACUUACAUAAAUGCAGCGCAUAAUUUCAAGAAUAUUUUUUCGACCAACGGUUAUCUGCUAAUCAUGCCGACUUUAUUACAAUUAUAUUCGACGCAUCAGACAAACAAACUCGUAACGACUACUGUCGAAUAUGCGGUCAAACAAUUUUAUCUCAUGAAUCGUAAACCUUUUAUUCUUCAAAUGUUUGGCAGCGUAUCCACUAUAUUGGACACGAAUGAGAUGAGUAUCCACGGCGAAGCUCAUAAGGUUCCUUCUACGUGCCUGUUUAAUUUGUUAAUGAGUUUGGAAACUCCGUCGCCGGAUCCACUCAAUAUAGGAGAAUUGGUGAGAGAAGAGAAACCUUUGAAAGCGAUAGACUUCUGUUAUCACGAUGAAAACGAAAUGGUCAACGUGCUUGAUUGUAUAUCUCUUUGCGUGAUGGUGAUAGCUUACGCACCUGACGCUCUUAGAGGCCAGCAGAUGUUGAUAAUAUUAGAAGCAGUAUUGCCGUGCUACGUUCAGGAGAUUCAAUUACCCACGUAUAAUAGAGAAGGCAAGACAGAAAAGGAGAUAAUAAAUCAAUUAGCCAUUGCAGUGAAGACAUUAGUUAACAAUUCUGAAGCAUUGACAAAAUAUUACAAUGGUCCGCAAAAAUCUAGCCCCGAACAUAAAGGGUCCAGUCAAAAAAAUUACGGCAAAGGUCCGUAUUCACCGGGUUAUGAUUACGAGGAUGACACUCACACGACAAAGUACAUAGAACAUUCAAAAACUCGACAUUUUUACGAUCGAGACAAUGAGGACGCUGAGAAUUUCCACAAGAACGAAUUCAGAAGACCUCGCAAUACUUUAUUAAAUAUGGUUGGAGAUUUCGUGACUCGUUGUUCCGCUCGUUUGGUAGAACUCAACAAGAAAUCUCAGGACGGAAAGAAUAUCGAGUUGUUGGAUUCAAAAUGUCACGUGCGACUAGCCGAUAUUGCUCACACUCUCUUGAAGAUCUCUCCGUAUGAUCCCACUACUAUGGCUUGCCGUGGGCUUCGUAGAUAUAUGAACGAUAUUCUUCCUUCGACUGAAUGGGCGGCCGACGACAUGAGACCGGCAUUAACACUCAUUCUCAGAAGAUUGGACAAGACUUUUAGUAAAAUACACAAGAAAGCAUCGAUCAGAAGGAAUACCAAUUGGGUCGCCGCCAGUAAUCUUUUAAAAGGAGUUUACGAGACCCUGUUGAAAUGUCCGUACAUCGCGCACUUCCAAUAUUUGAAGACACUGUUGAAUACCUGUCAGGCCUUGAUUGUCGGAGAUACUCCCCCUGAGGACGUAACUUCUGCUUCCGCAGCUGCUUUAAUGAGCAAGAUACCACCUCCGCAUUUCUGCUCGACAGUGUUACGUCUGAUUGCAUUGCACGUGAUAUCAUUCGGCGAGGGAUAUUCGUUGGAAAAUGUUCUCAGCGGUCAGAACAUGUUCGCCACCCAGACACGUACCGAGAAUGCGAUGUUGAACUUGCUGAUACCAUUAUUUCUGCGCGUUGGGACCGGAAGAAAAGAUGUACCGAAAUUGAGGCAAGCAGACAUUAGUUUUGCUCUAACGGCAGUAUUGAAUACGCUUUGGCCACCGAGCGUAAAAGCAGUGCCAUUGACGGUGCAAAAACCGCCGACAGAUAUGAGAACCGGUAGCCUAACAUUCGCCGCGAGAGAUCCGAAAACUUUGACAAAAACGUCCUUAACGUUAUAUCAAGUCGCGUUUCUAGCGCUUAAAAUUAUGACGAUAUGUUUCGAAACUGAGUUGAGAACGGAAUGGCCGAAAAUUUUGCGCACAAUGCGCCUUCUGAACAAGCGAAACGAAGCUUCCAUAUAUCUUUGGAACUUUAUAGAAUUCGUAGUAACCCACCGUACGGCUUUAUACAUCCAAAUGCUCCCAUUCAUCAUUCAUAAGAUCGGACAGGCGCCGAUAUCUGAACACGAGCGAAACAUGCAUACUAUCAUACGCGAAAGAAUUAAUGGCAGCAUUAUUGUGCCAAAAUCUCGCGGAGCACUAUUGAUGGAUCUCAUUCACGAAUUGAAAAAGCUGAAAGAGGAAAUCGAAGAUCGAAGAUUCGAUGAAAUGCAACCGGAACCUAAGAGAAGCGUAGUGGACAUGCAUCCGAUAAACGAGGGUCAACCGCGUACUCAGAGGCCGUCUCUGAUGGAUCUUCUGACCGGUGAUCUAGGAUCUAGAUCUCACAUAAAUCGUACACCCUCCGAGACUCCGGUGCCUCAUUCUACAUCCCAAUUGCAGCCAUAUUCGACUCACUUGAGUAAAACAAUGCUGUCCAAUCAAAUAACAGCGCUGAGCAGUACUCGCAUUGGCGGAUCUAUAUCGAGUGCUAGCGCAGGAUCAUCCACUUUGCGAGAAACGAGCGACACGAUUACUGGAGAGACCUGCGUCGAGCAGCAGUCGACGUCGGCGACGACAGAUAGAUUCCAACCAUCUUCUACUAGCGAUGAACGUAACCAUGUUAAACUUCAUCCUAUCUUACCUCACCAAAAGGCGCCAAAGCUGCGCUUUGUCUCUUCCGUAGAGUUUAGAAACUCAUCAGGAGAGACAGUGACGAGCCAAUUAAGCCCGAGCAGUCCAAUCGAAGACAAUUCUGGAGAAUUCCGUACCGACAGGCCUCGCUUACAACGUUCUAUGGGCCAAAGCAAGAAGACUUUCCGCUUAAGAAAAAGUCGAAAGAGUCACAUUGAGAUGACCCAGGCAAAAACCGAGCAGCAGGAUGCAACUAUUCCGGAGCAAGCCACGAGCUCGCCGAAAUCGGUCGCGCAGACGUCAACAGCAUCAGCAGGACCGUCAGCGGAUCCGCCGUUAUCUAACAUCCCAUCCGAUUCUUCGUCCAUUCGUUCCAGGCGAAGUUUAUCUGUUCGCAAAUCAGACGGGGAAAAAAGUAGCAACGUGCCAGCGGAUCAGCUUCACGGAGCUACGCAUCAGCAUCAUCACUGUCACCACUAUCAUCACCAUCUGCAUCCUCAGGUGUCGGACGUUUCCUGGGACGAAGACACGUCCAGCACUUCCGGAUACCGUGAAUCGUACAGCAUGCAGAUCAUGUCAUUGGAUGGUAACGCUCGGUCGGGUCAAGCGCCGCCUUUAGCGUCGCCAGAUCUGAAUGAUAUGCCAUCCACAAGCAGCACGACCACUAAUUACAUAGCUUUCGACGGCAGCUCCCCGGAUUGUUCGUUCAACGGCAGCGGAGGCGAGAAAACUGCUUUACUAACUUCGAGUCAGAGAACAACUUCUCAACAUUCCUUAUUGAUGGUCUUUCCAAAUCAAGACGAAGAUACGUUGAUAUAAGUCGCAAAAUCAUUUUUUUUGAGACUGACAAUUUAAUAGAAUCAUCGAAGAUGAAGGGUUCUAAAGAAAUAGGGAUGAUUUGAAAAAUGAGACGUUUAAAAAAUAUCGGGAUUAUGAGUGUGUGAAAGAUUAUACAUUUAAUUGAUCAUUUCUUACUUUUUUUGUAGCUAAUGAGAUGUAUGUGUCCUGUUGUUAUUUGGCAUAAAAUGUU